UUGCGGAUAAGCGUGGAAUCCUAAGGUACACUCGAAGUUCUGACUGGUGCAAUGUUGCUCACUUGACAAUACACAGGACGACAGUCUUCAAAGUCUGCUGAAUCAUGCGUCACCUACAAUGCCUACUGUAUUUAUACUUCGGGACGAUCAUCGCAUGCCUCUUACUACAACUCCAUUCGCAUCGCGCCGGGUCCCCUCACCACACGAGGAACGGACAAUCAAUUCUACAUAGAAGCCAUGAGCGCCCCACCACCUCCACCAUCGUACAUACCUGUCUACGUCAAUGCUCCAGCUCCAGCCUGGGUGCCAUAUGUUCCCGUCCUCCGCGCCACAAGAUCUCACCAAAUGCACCACUAUGCAGCAGCAUAUAUAUGAGCGGCAGAAACGCGAUAACCUACCCUUCCACACGACACGACACCCCCACGACUAAUUGACGACUUCGACUGCACGACUCUUUUUAUUUCACUGAAACAAUCGGACAGAACCAUGGGGUACGUAUCAAGCUGCUACGAUGUUCGUGAGAUACUAAUCGGAACUACCUUACUUAGCCUCAUCA